AUGGGUAGUGAGCAACGAGAGGACCACUUGAAGAAAGGAUCUAAUGUAUCACCAUAUGAGGCGUUGUUUGCGGGAUCAAUUGCAGGUGGGGUAUCAAGAGCAAUCACUGCUCCUCUAGACACCAUCAAGAUACGACUACAGUUAGAAACGCGAAGUUUUUAUUACAGACAGUCCAUUGCCACAGUGGUUAAAGGCUUACUCAAAAAUGAGGGUGUCAUUGCAUUGUGGAAAGGUAAUGUGCCGGCGGAAAUCUUAUACAUCUUGUAUGGUGGUGUUCAAUUUGCAUCGUACUCCAUAUUGAGUACCAAUCUUUCUCAAUUUGAGCAACAUUUUCGAAUCAACUUGUCACCAUCCAUACAUUCGAUGGUGGUUGGUGCUGGCGCAGGUUUAACAAGCACGCUAGCCACUUAUCCGUUUGACUUGCUUCGCACACGGCUAGUGGCAAACAAAAAAAGAGAUCUUGAUUCAAUGAGUGGUACAAUCAAACAAAUUCUUAAAAACGAAGGAGUGAGCGGUAUGUUUGCAGGUAUCAAACCUGCAAUAAUCUCAGUUGCAUCUACUACUGGACUUAUGUUUUGGUCAUACGAACUAGCAAGAUCAUUUUCUCAGGAGUACAAAAGUAUACCAUUCAUCGAGGGGAUUUGUGGGUUCAUUGCUGGCGUAACCUCCAAAGGUAUAACGUUUCCAUUAGACACGUUGAGAAAGAGGUGUCAAGUUUAUGCUGUUGUUCACGGGACCAAGCCUAUUAAUGCAAUGAAACUUUUUGUUGAAAUAAUCAAGAAAGAGGGUGUAUUAGGUCUAUACAAAGGGUAUGGAAUCAGCAUUUUGAAAACAGCCCCUACCAGUGCUUUGUCUUUGUGGAUGUACGAGUACACCAUUUCAUUUAUGAAAUCUACUCCAUUUGUGUGA